AUGUCUGCACCAUCCCUCACUAUUCAACAUCAAUACAGAGAAAGCAGCCAUUCUGUUAGGCGACAGUGCCGGCGUGUCUCACUUAGAGUUUGCAUAUCAUCGGCUAUCGAGGGUCAUCGUGAGGAACCUGGUGCAAGGCACCGCCAUGAAGAUGGUCAUUUUGACCUCCUCCGCGCGUUCAGUAAUCUGAAGCAUGACUACAUCCAAGCAGAGGUUCUACUUGGUGGGUGCUGCGAGCCACCCCGGGCUCCCUUCCGUUCAAAGGACACACUACCAUCUACUCUCGAAUCAUUGAUGCUGCACGAAAAAGAAGGAUUCUAUGUCAUCACUGAUUUGCCUGUUCAAUUGCAGGAAAUGACCAGCGGGGAUUUUCCAUUCCUCAAUUCCAUUGUACUGGAGGACCUGGAAUCCCUGCGUAAUGAUAACGAGGUUUUUAUAUUACCAUAUCAAACCCUCAACAGACAUGUAGGGAGGACGUCGUCGGGAAAUGUGGCCGUGGGCAAAGACGCUCUAUAUGCGAACCGACGGAGAUGAUCGAAAUAUGGCGCUUGCUUAUGCACCAAAGCAACUUCGGAAU